AUGACUGUGACAAUUCUCAGGAACCCUUGGACUGUAGCUGGAAUUGUGAUGGUUAUUCUCAUGGUGCUGAGGACUCCCAUGGCUCACUGCAGAGGUGUUCCAAAGGAUUUCGUGUACCAGUUUAAGGGCAUGUGCUACUUCACCAAUGGCACAGAGCGUGUGCGGCUUGUGGCCAGACAAAUCUACAACAAGGAGGAGAUCGUGCGCUUUGACAGUGAUGUGGGGAUGUUUGUGGCUGUAACCGAGCUGGGGCGGUCGAAUGCUCAGAGUUGGAACAGCCAGAAGGACCUCCUGGCACAGUAUCGGGCCCAGGUGGACACGCUGUGCAGACACAAUUAUAAGGAGACCGCUCAGUUCACUGUUCAGCGGAGAGAGGAGCCUACAGUGACCAUCUCCCCAGCCAGGACAGAGUUUCUAAACCACCAUAAUCUGCUGGUUUGCAUGGUGACAAAUUUCUAUCCUCGUCAAAUUAAAGUCAGAUGGUUCCGGAAUAAACUGGAAGAGAAAGCUGGAGUUGUGUCCACUCCUCUUAUUCAGAAUGGGGACUGGACCUAUCAGAUUCUUGUGAUGCUAGAAAUAGUACCACAGCGAGGCGAUGUCUACAUCUGCCACGUGGACCACUCCAGCCUCCAGCGCCCCAUCACGGUAGAAUGGCGGGCACAGUCUGAAUCUGCCCAGAGCAAGAUGCUGAGUGGAAUCGAGGGUUUUGUGCUGGGACUCAUCUCUUUUGGUUUGGGCUUUAUCAUCCACCUUUGGAAUAUGAAAGAACGCCCUGAGGUUCCACUUACAGGUAAUAUUGCCACUCUUCUUGCCCAGAAAUGUGACUCAUAUACGAUAGAAACAGGAGUAGAAGGGGUUUGUCCGGACACUUUGGCAUACUUCUGUUAUGUUGUCCUUGCUUCACGCUACAUUCAUCUCAUGUGA